AUGGGGUCCACGCUGAGUUCGGGAGAAGAGGCAGUGGUUAAGCUCCUCCAGCAUAUCCUUUCUACGAGAGGACUUACAUGUGACAAAGGCACCUUAGAAAAGCUACUGGUGUGGAUCCAGGAAAGGCAACUGAUUCCCACGGUGGAUGCUGCUUUCGAGCUGUCUACCUGGGACAGAAUAGGGAUGGAACUGUGGGAAGAGGUUAGCAGAGGGUCGCGGGAUGCCGUCAAGCUGGCCACCGGGUGGCGAUUGAUUAAACAAGUGCUGAAGGACAUGGGAGCCGAACGCGCUGCGGCCGCGUCGGUGCUCGUGGAGACCAGCCCGUCGUGUCCGGGCGGAGGAGCAGCGGCGGCCGGGGCUCCACCACCAAACCCGGUCGGGGGGGGACCGUCGUGUCCGGGCGGAGGAGCAGCGGCGGCCGGGACUCCAUCACGAACCCUGUUCGAGGGAGCACGGCCGCCCUCGGUGAAGAAGUCUUCGAGCGGAGCCCCUGCCUCGGCGGCCCGUCCUAAGGGGGCUGCAGGUUUAGACCACGGUGCGGUGAGCACUUCACCGUCUGACCAGGCAGACCCCAGCCCCGAGCGGGGCGAGCAGUCGGCUGCUGCGCCCAAACUAUGUCCAUCUUUACCGUCGUCCACACCUCCGUCGCCUGCGUCGCCGGCCCCCGAACGUCGUGCAGCAUCUUCAGUCCUCACCAAGGGAGCCUCCGGGUCUUCGCCUGCCUUGGAUCUACGGGAGCUGUCUCAACGACUGCAGGAAUUGGAGGCAAAAGUGAACUCGGGGGUGACGCGUGGUCCCUCGCGCCCCCCUGAUUUUCCUCGUCCUGUACCACCUCCGUGCGGGGGCAUGACCGGGGGGCUGGGGGGGAAUGACCCGGUUACUAGAUGGAGGAGAAUUAUACGUGAUGCCGUUGUUGAAGGGGCCCUUACUGAUGUCAUGGCGAUCCCGGCGUUUACUGACGCUCAGGGAAAUGACCAUUGGGAGGCUUUAAAUUGGAAGAUAGUGAAGGAGCUUAAGUCAGCAGUCACGCAAUAUGGGUUAAAGUCUGCCUAUACCGCUUUGGUUAUCCAGCAGAUAUUCUCCGCUCAUACCUUUACCCCCUAUGAUGCUGGUAUGCUAAUUCAAACUAUUUUACCCCUGUCGCAGCAGUUGCAGUUUGUGGAUGAGUGGAAAAACCUCUGCGACGCGGCGGUUGCUGUCCAACGGCAGCAGAAUGAUCCUUUGUUCGGGGUCACCACAGAGAUGCUUAUGGGCACCAGUCCCUUUUGCAACGCGGAGCGGCAGGCACGUCUCCGGGUUGAGGCUCUGCGCCUCUCUCUGGAACUGGCUCUCAAGGCUCUUUUAGCUGUGCAUGACGAAAAAGUUGCGCCAGCGUUUAUGAGUAUUCGGCAGGGACCGACUGAGCCCUAUAGUCAGUUCAUCGACCGCUUGCGUGCGGCGAUCUCGUCCCAUCCGGACCUGGGGAGUGAAAUGCAGGAGAUGUUUUUGCAUAUGUUAGCCUUUGAUAACGCCAAUGAAAAGACCAAGAAGGCACUUAGCUUAUUGCCACUUGGAUCGACCACGGCGCAGAUGCUGGAGGCAGCUGAGCAAAUGCUGGAGCAGGAAAGGGCUGCGUAUAUCGCCGCUGAGGUCGCAGCAGCUCUGCGCCCGCUGAUCCGCGCUCUAAAACAAAAAGGGCGAAAGCGGGACAAGAAAUGUUUUAACUGUGGCAAGAUAGGUCAUUUUCGAGCUCAAUGUUGGCAGUUGCCGGAGUCGCAGGCGCCACGGCAGCGUUCACAAUUCCCUGCCAAGUGGUGCGACCACUGCAACAAGAGCUCUCAUAAUACCUGGGAAUGCAGAAGGAAGGGAACCAAGGGGCCGAGCACGACUCGCCCACGCGCGACGACACAAGGUCAGGGUGCUUGGAACGCCACUGCGCCGCCACACGGGGAAGCGCAGGAGUGGCAACAGCAGUGA